AUGCAACUGGUACUGGAUAAUAGACCUUACCACUUCGCACACUGGAUGCUCAUCCUCCAACAAUGGGAACCGACGGUCGCCACUUCCUUCCCAUCCCAAAUCCCUUUCGAGAUUAAAGUCCAAGAUGUUCCGAUUCACCUGUGGAGUGAAGCAAUGCUGAGAAGUAUUGGAACAGAUCUGGGAAUUUUUGACAGUUGGGAGAUCACAAAAGUACACGCCAAAAUGAAAGUCCAGGUCAAUGGCCUACUACCCCUCCUAAAAACCUACAACCUAGAGUUUGCUAAUGGAGAUGAAGUGCUAGCAACCCUAGUCUACGAGAAGCUCGAAAAACAUUGUGUAAAAUGUGGCAUGCUUGACCAUGAGGAAAGUGAAUGUCCUGACCUUUCACCAGAGCAAGUAGAGGCUAAGAGCCUACCACCACCGCCGGUCCAGCGGAGAGUGUUACCUCCGUCACGCCCGAGCUGGGACACAUCACGGACAAUCACUGAACGUCAGAGAGAAGAGCCCAGAAGGGAGGAGAGCUGGAGAAAAAGAGGCCGAGUGGGGACCAUUAGCAGAACGCAUCCCUAUCACACCAGCUCCCUACAAAGGAGCAGAUGGUCUAAUGACUCAAGACACUCAAACAACUACCGGGGAAGAGACAGAAUUGCAAGCAACAACCCGGGAUCUUACUCUAAUAUGUCAAUCCGUGAAAGCCAGAGAGAAUGCAACCCUCGCUGGGUUGAAACAGGAAGAAGAAUCUCCACCUCGGCACUUGCAGACAAUACAAGCAGAAUGAGAAGUAGUGAGUUGAGAAAGGAGCAAACAAGAGAACGGAGAAGUGGGGAGAGAAGAAGUGGAGAGGGGCUUACCAAGCAGAACAACCUAAACGGAAGGUCGCUCGCAGAUUCUUCACAGUCCAGAAACAGUCACCACUCAGAGCAUCAGAACCCUCACGUGUCGGACCUCCCCGCCACAGCUCUCACAGAAGCGAGAGAGGAAGUAAGAGACGUAAUGUCCCAAUACGCGAACUGUGCUGAUCCAAUUGAGAGUGCUGCCCGCAAGGAGAGAAUGAGAUUAGCAGAGGAAAGAGGAGAAUUUGAGCAAACCGCAGUGCAGAUGGUUAGACACUCCUUACGGACUCAAUCGCAAUUCUCGAUGCAAAGGGAAGAAGAAGUCCUUGAGCCACUCAUGCAUGAAAGGGACCCAGCAUCGCAGAGACUCGGACCGGUACUUACAGACAUCCCUAUUGAAGAGGGAACAAUACGCCUACCUGCAAAGAAAAGAUUGGGAAGGCCCCCAAAUAAAAAGAAAGUCAUGCCAAGCACACCUCAAAACCCUAAGAAACGGAGGAUGACUCAACUUACAGGAUCCCUAAAAAGAAGGUUGAUUAUGGGAAGUACCUCGAGGAAGACAAGUGUCAGGAAUGCCCCAAAGCCAAGUGUCAGGAAUGCUCCAAAGUCAAAGGGUCAACCGCCCUGCACAAUAGUUCCUGCUAUCUCGAAGCAGAGGGUGGAUUUUCAAGAUCCAUCCAGUCAUCUCCCUUAA